AUGUCCUCUCACGAUGAAAACGAGGACAAACGCGCCUCGGAGUUUAACCCAGAACUGUGUGCCACAUUGUACAACCGUAUCAUUCAGAUCGGAUUCAAGGGCAGUAAAUUGGAGGAACAAGGCGAUCGCAUAAUAACCAGUUGGUUUGAAGGAUUCAAGAACGACCCCGCCUUGCAAGAAUGCCGAAAUCUAUUCCCAGCGCCUCUCGUUACCUUUCUCGAACAAGCGAACGUCAUUGUUGAUAAAGAGGGUCGUCCACGGGUUCCGGACGCCCUGCUCCACCAUGUCGAGGUUUUAGCGACACCAGGUGAUAUGCUAAUAAUCGACCAGUAUUCUGCCUUCACCGAGAAGGACGAGUGUAUCAUUCUCAUGAGAAACAACGUUUUCGGCGAGUACGACUGCGCUGGCGUGGUAAUGGACUUGCAGGACCUAUCAGUCUGCUAUCGACUUGAUGCACACGACGUCAAUGUCUCGGACCCUGAAAGCCCGGGAACAACAUGGUACAUGCUGGAAGAGUUCUUGGACCACUGGCUGUUUAUUAUAGAAGUUGAGAAGUACAAGGCUGUUGUUCCCGGGACCGAGAAAUGUAACCCCUCGGGCUCGCUCGUCCAGCGCUGGGAUGUUGCUCCCUGGAACCCCUUCAUUCUGAGACAAUCUCUUGAUGCUUGGAACUCACUCGUCGAAGCCAUCUCAGCCAGACUUCCAGAGCAGUGUCACCAUCAAGCUCCCCCACAAGUAAUAGCCGAUGACUUUCUUCCAGAAGAAAUCAAAGGGUUCCCGCGCGCAUUCCUCCAAGCAGCGUCUAAGCCGCCGUUCAAGUUCAUCGCUCCAGGGUUGACAAUCUAUAACCCAAACGCACCGCCCCAUCUGCCCUACCGGGAUCCUCAAACUAUGCGCUACGACACUCCAAAUUUCGAUAUGCGUUAUAAGUGGGUACCGGAUGACGCGAAUGCUCUGAUCCUUUUCCCAGCGGAGGGGCACCUGGAUGCAGAGGCAGGCCUAUGGAUAGCCCCCGAUGAGGGCUGGGCAGAUACCGUUAGGCUAGCCUUGCCUUACAGCAUCGAAUCAUAUCCGGAUAGCGAAGGAAAACGCGUCAAGCACAGACAGCCGACGUACGGAAGCAAGUUGUGGCAGCAUGGCGAGUGCCCCUUCUUCAUUCAGCACUCUACCCGUCUUUCGACCAUGUUGCACCGGUGGAGAAAGCUUGUCGAGGACGGCAUUUGGACGGUGGAUGAGCAUGGCGUGCAAGGUGGGAUUGAGUUUUAUCGGCAAGCCGAAGACCCAGCAAAGGCAGACUGGUUCUGCUUGAGGGAUGUUUGUUUUGAUUGGGAUGAGAUUUACAUUGCGUUGGAUUAA